AUGCUCAACCCUGCUUCCCCGGUUUCACCAACCUCCCUAGGGAGGAAACGCCCACAUCCCCCGGCUGAGUCCUCAGCCCAGCCGGACCCAUCGGCGCAGUCGCAGCAACAAAAUGCGCCGGCAACUCUCCCUGCCGCUCCCUCCUCCUCGUCCUCUUCAAACCCCUCCUCGUUCCGCAAUGUCUCCGCCUGCAACCGGUGCCGCCUGCGCAAGAAUCGCUGCGACCAACGCCUUCCGCGCUGCCAGUCCUGCGAGAAAGCCGGUGUCCGCUGCGUCGGUUAUGAUCCCAUCACCAAGCGGGAGAUCCCCCGCAGCUACGUGUACUUCCUCGAGGCUCGCGUGACAUAUUUAGAGAAACUUUUGAUGGACAAUCAGAUCGACUUCAAAGAAGCCGUCGCUUUCGAUGAAGAAGAAGCCGUCAAGGUCGAGGCCGGGUACGAUCCGGUCCAAGCCCAGACCGUCGGCUCCGAGGGAUCAGGGGCUGCGGAGUCGUCAACAGCUGAGGGAACCGACAAAGUGGCGCGCGUCAAGAAAGAUAAAGACAGCGCCGCACCAACGACGGAGAAGGCGCCGGAUACAGCACCAGACUCGGAGAACGCCCAGGACAAUGAGAACGAAGAUAACUGGCGGAUACACAAUCUCGUGUCGAACAUCGGCAUGGUGUCGGUCCAGGGCACGUCGGACCCUCGGUAUCUGGGAUCCACGUCGGGGAUAUCAUUUGCUCGUGUGGUCUUUGCCGCGGUGAAGAGCUCUGUGGGAUCGAACGUGUCAGAACGCGGUCCGAUGCGUCCGAACGAACGACUUCCCCAUAGCGCCACAGGUACGGCCGGAAGUGCCAUGCGGGAUUCCUUCUUCGGCUUGCAAACCCGAUCGAUGAUGAAAUGCGCUGCUUUUCCUGACCGGGAGCUUGCCGAGAAGCUCGUCAAUCUGUAUUUCGAGCACGCCAACCCCCAAAUACCCAUCCUUCACCGAGCCGACUUCAUGGAGCUUCUGGAUCGUACAUAUUCUGAAGAGGAAAAGAACCGCUCGCCCCGCAGUCUUUAUACCCUUAACAUCGUGUUCGCAAUUGGCGCCGGCAUCAUUUUUGAAGAGAAACAAGAUGAAGGCACCGGUGAACGUGACCGGUCCUCGUCGCCAGCUACGUCUAAAAAGCCGCGUCUAUCGAGCCAUCAGUACCAGCCAGAAGAGUACCAUGCGUCCGCGAUCAUCCACUUAGAAUCGUUUCUAGGUGCAUCGUCCCCUGACGGGUUCGGCGCGUUGGAGGAAUUGCAAGCCGUGCUCCUUCUCGCUAGUUUCGCCCUUCUGCGACCUGUUGCGCCUGGCCUUUGGUAUAUCGUUGGGGUGGCAAUGCGACUGGCGGUUGAUUUGGGUCUUCAUUAUGAGGACAACGCUGGUAUCGACUCAGCUGGAGACGAGGGAUUCAAUCGCCCCCAGGCGAGGGCCGAUGAUAACUCAAAACCCCGAAUUGACACCCGCGAGCGCGGCCGUCGCGAAUGGGUCCGUGACCUGCGUCGCCGUCUGUGGUGGUGUGUCUACAGCCUAGACCGCCUGGUCAGCUGCUGCGUUGGUCGACCUUUUGGCAUUAGCGACCAGGCCAUCAGCACCGAAUUCCCGUCCUUGCUAGAGGACAAAUACAUCACGAAAUCUGGAAUUGUGGCGCCUCCUGACGGAGCCCCCAGUUACAAACACGCAGCCCAUCAUUAUUUCAAGUUGCGCGUGUUGCAGUCGGAAAUCCAGGAUGUUCUCCAACACCAGCAGGCGCGCUUUGCAAGACAGAGGGCUCCGUAUGCAGCGCGGAGAUUCAUGCGUUCCGAUAUUUCAUCACCUUUCCUUCAAGGCUUCGACUGUUUCCGCUCUUGGCGGAAAGAUGUGCAUCGACGGUUAGCAGAGUGGAAACAAAGUGCACCCACACGACGCGAUACGGGUGUACGGUUCCCUGUUGAGUUUCUGGAACUGAACUACUGGCAGGCCGUGAUUAUGCUAUAUCAACAGAGCCUUACUGUCCCCGCCGAACUGGCUGAUGAAGUGACGCCAGCUGAAGAUGUCUCUAGCCCUUCGUUCUCAAAUGUUGACGAGGCAGAAGACGAAGAUGACAUCUACUUCAAAGUAGCGGAGGCCGGCCAAAAAGUCAUUCGGAUAUAUCGCCAGAUGCAUCGUGUGCGCCUGGUAAACUACACAUACUUGGCCACGCAUCAUAUAUUCAUGGCGGGCAUAUCAUUCCUAUAUGCCCUGUGGCAUUCCCCUUGGGUUCGAAGUCGCCUGACGCUUGACGAGGUUGAUUUCACUGUCCUUGCCGCCACAUCUGUUCUGGGUGACCUGAUGCAAAAGUGUCCCCCAGCCGAAGCGUGUCGGGAUGCGUUUGAGCGAAUGAGCAAGGCGACGGUUCAGAUGUGCCUAUCGACUACUGGAUUUGGCUCGCAAGUCGAUCUCUCUGCCGCCCAGUCCCACCCGACCGCCGCGCAUCCAUUGACAGCUCCGUAUACUGGUCGUCCCCGGCAAUAUGGCCGGUAUACGAUGGAUAGACAGAGAGGAUCUCAUGGAGGCCCGCGGAGGCCGACCCAAACCCGUCAGUCGCGACCGUUACCGAGGUUUGAUAUGAACCUCGGUGAUCUCUUCAAUGACAAUAGCAAUGUUGUUGAACGGCCGGGUGCCGAGGGAAGAAAGCCCGCGCAGUCUUUCGCCAGCCGGCCGGAGUACUCUGAAUCGUCGUCCUCGCGCCCACCGGCCCAUCGCACGCCCUCCAUGGAGUAUUACGGUAACUUUGAAGGGCCCGUUUCGCCGCAGAUGCAGCAGCGGCAACAACAACAACAGCAGCAGCAGCAGCAGCAGCAACAGUAUUAUUAUGGUCGGUCCCCUCAGCAAAGUGGAUCACCGAAUAGUGUUGUAGCCAACCCCAAUCAGAACCAGUUCCAGACUCCCGACCAAGAACAUCCCUCUAGCGGACUGAGUCUCGACUUUUUGGAUUUUGACGCGUCCGGAGCGGAUGGACAGAUGGCACUCGGAUCCGAUGAAAAUGCCGAGUACAAUUUGCAGGCUAUGCCUUCUCUGGGCCACGGAGUCGGUCAUAGUGUUGGGAUUGACCUCGGGUUUGGAAUGGCGGUGGAUUUCCAACACGACUGGAGUGAGAACGCCAACUAUGACAUUUUGGAAGGAUACUUCUUUGGGGGAUCAGGGCCUGGGACGUCUGGAGAUUAA